CGUUGAAGAACAACAACAACAAUCAACUACCACCACCAAUACCACUACCACCAAUUAUCAAGAGCUAAUGGAUCAACAACAACAAUUAGCUUCACCAACUCCGGUUGCUACACCCACUAGUACUACUAGUGGUGGCACCGCUAGCAAUGCUACUCCAGCUUUUAGCUAUGAUGAUCUUUUCCCAGCAUUACCAGCUAACAAUGCAGCUCCUAUGAGUACAACUACUGGACCACCAGUUGUACGUGUAACAAGCACUCAAAAGACUCAGGUUUUACAUUUGGCUGGAGAAGAACGCAAAUCGACCGAUUCCGAAAAAUUCGGUGAAGGUGAAUCGAAACGUAUUUGCCAGCAAAUCUCUAAGGAAACUGGUGCUCAAAUUGAAAUCGCUAGUGGUAAAAAUCAAUCGCUUACCUUCCUUAUCAAGGGCAAACAACCGGAAUUGCUCGAUGCUCGUCGCAAAAUUCUUAUGUACUUUUCCGCCCAAGCCAGCCGUUCCAUCAGCAUUCCCAAGGAACAUCAUCGUGUCAUCUUGGGUAAGGCUGGUAAACGUCUACGUGAUUUGGAACAAUUGACCGCCACCAAAAUCACAAUUCCCUCUCAAAACGAAGAUAGUGACAUCAUUAAUAUUGCCGGUACUAAGGAAGAUAUUGAAAAGGCCGAAGCCGAGAUACGUCAAUUGUCCGCUGAUCAAUAUAAAAAGUCUUCGGAUCGCAUUUUGGUGCCCAAAAUCUAUCAUCCCUUCAUUGUGGGUCCCUACAAUGAAAACUUGAAUAAGAUGCAAGAGGAGACCGGUGCCAAGGUGAAUGUGCCACCACAAUCCAUGCAAAAGGAUGAAAUUGUGAUUACUGGUGAGAAGGAUGCUGUAGCUGCGGCCAAGGCUAAGGUUGAGGCCAUCUACAAGGAAAUGGAAAAGAAAUGCUCCACCGUAAGUGUUGAGGUUGCCAAAGCUCAGCAUCGUUACGUUAUUGGACCCAAGGGCUCGACCAUCGCCGAAAUUCUUCAACUCACUGGUGUAUCUGUGGAGAUGCCUCCUCUGGACUCGCCUUUGGAAACAAUUACCUUGCGUGGUCCCCAAGUGGCUUUGGGCAAUGCCUUGACUGUGGUCUAUCAAAAGGCCAACUCCGUCAAGUCGGUUGAAAUCGAUGCUCCCCAUUGGAUUCACAGGUAUGUGAUUGGUCGUAAGGGCGCCAAUAUGAAACAACUCGAAGAGGAUUGCCCCAAUGUGAACGUCAAUUGUCUAGAGGACAAGAUCAAAUUGGAAGGCGACCCUGAAAAUGUUGACAAGGCCACCAACUAUUUGCAUGAAAUUAUCAAAAACUAUCAGGAUAACUUCACCUUUGUUGUGAUGACCGUCAAUCCUGCUUACUACAAGCAUAUCAUUGGCAAGGCUGGUGCCAACGUAAAUCGUCUCAAGGAGGAAUUGAACGUUAACAUCAACAUUGAGGAACGCGAAGGCCAAAACAACAUACGCAUCGAGGGUCCCAAGGAGGGCGUUAAAAAAGCUCAGCUUGAAUUACAAGAGAAAAUCGAUAAACUGGAAAACGAAAAAUCAAAGGAUGUUAUCAUCGAUCGUCGCUUGCAUCGUCAAAUCAUUGGCGCCAAGGGUGAAAAGAUCCGUGAGAUUAAGGAUCGCUACCGUCAGGUAAUGAUUGUCAUUCCCACACCCCAGGAAAAUACCGAUAUUGUGAAGUUGCGUGGUCCCAAAGAAGAUGUCGACAAGUGCCACAAGGAUCUCUUGAAAUUGGUUAAGGAAAUCCAAGAGUCAUCGCACAUCGUUGAGGUGCCCAUCUUCAAGCAAUUCCACAAGUUCGUUAUUGGCAAGGGCGGUGCUAACAUUAAGAAGAUUCGUGAUGAAACCCAAACCAAGAUCGAUCUUCCUGCCGAGGGUGACACCAACGAGGUCAUCGUUAUUACCGGCAAGAAAGAGAACGUUCUUGAGGCUAAAGAACGCAUCCAAAAGAUUCAAAACGAAUUGGCCGACAUUGUCACCGAAGAAGUACAAAUUUCACCCAAGUACUACAACUCGAUCAUCGGUACUGGCGGCAAAUUGAUUUCCUCCAUUAUGGAAGAAUGUGGUGGUGUGUCUAUCAAAUUCCCCACCAGUGAAUCGAAGAGCGAUAAGGUUACCAUUCGUGGUCCUAAGGAUGAUGUACUCAAGGCCAAGAACCAGCUUUUGGAGUUGGCCAACGAACGCCAAGCCGCUUCCUUCACUGCCGAAGUACGCGCCAAGCAACAACACCACAAGUUCCUUAUUGGUAAGAACGGCGCCUCCAUUAGGAAGAUCCGUGAUGCCACCGGUGCACGUAUCAUCUUCCCUGGCAACGAUGAUGCCGACAAGGAAGUCAUCACCAUCAUUGGCAAGGAGGAAAAUGUCAAACAGGCCAAGGAACAAUUGGAGGCCAUCAUCAAGGACAUCGAUCAAGUGACCGAAGGUGAAAUCUCUGUCGAUCCCAAGUACCACAAACACUUUGUAGCUAAACGUGGUGAAAUCUUGCAUCGCAUCUCUGAAGAAUAUGGAGGCGUUAUGAUUUCAUUCCCUCGCCCCGGUGUAGAGUCCGAUAAGGUUACUUUGAAGGGUGCCAAGGACUGCAUUGAAGCUGCCAAGUUGCGUAUUGCCGAAAUCGUUGCUGACUUGGAUGCUCAAGUGACCAUUGAGGUUGUCAUUCCCCAACGUUUGCAUCGCACCAUCAUGGGCGCUCGUGGCUUCAAAGUACAACAGGUCACCACAGAACAUGAUGUCAACAUCAAGUUCCCCGAUCGUGAUGCCACUGAACCCGUUGAAGGUCUCGAAAACGGUACCAACGGUACAGUCGACGGUGUCGUUACCGACGAGCCCAUCCGUCAUUGUGAUAUCAUUCGUAUUACCGGCCACAUUGACAAGUGUAAUGCCGCCAAACAAGCUCUCAUCGAUCUUGUACCCAUCACCGAAGAACUUACCGUACCCUAUGAUCUUCACCGCACCAUUAUCGGUCCCAAGGGUGCCAAUGUACGUGAGUUCAUGUCCACCUACGAUGUACACAUUGAAUUGCCACCCAGCGAUUCAAAGUCCGAUACCGUUAAGGUAACCGGUACACCCGCUCAUGUCGCCGAAGCCAAGAAAGCUUUGGACAAAAUGAUCGAAGAAUACGAAGCCGAUCGUGCUGAUCGUGAAUUGCGUUCGUACAAUUUACAAAUCGAAGUUGAUCCUGAAUACCAUUCAAAAUUGAUUGGUAAACGUGGUGCCGUCAUCAAUAAAUUGCGUGCCGCUCACGAUGUCAACAUCUCACUGCCCAAACGCGGCGAUCCCAAUCAAAGCAUCAUCACUAUCACUGGCUAUCAGGCCAAUGCUGAGGCAGCUCGCGAUGCUAUUAUGGAAAUUGUUGGUGAAAUGCAAAACUUGUACCGUGAAGUGAUUGAAAUUGACAACCGUAUUCAUUCGCAUAUCAUUGGUCAACGUGGCAGAACCAUUCGUAAGCUCAUUGAAGAUUACAAGGUUGACAUCAAAUUCCCCUCGCCCGAAGAGGCCAAAAACAAUCCCGAUGCUGUCACCAUCAUUGGCAAAGAAGAUGAUGUUGAAAAUGCUAAGGAAGCCAUUCUCAACAUGGCUGAAGACUACUCCCGUGACUACUUAGAAAACUUGCCACCCUCCCCACAACCUCAAACUGUGGGAGCUUUCUUGUCUGCCGGCACUGGCAGUGGCAACACCAAUGAAAAUGGCUUCGUUAUGAAAGAUGCUCCUUGGGAGAAAGCCGAUAAGAAACAAGGAAAAUCUGCACCCAAUACUCAAUCGCAAGAAGAUUUUCCCGCUGUUGGUGGAGCACCCGUUGCCGCUGCACCCAUCACCUCAGUAUGGGGACCCAAAAACUAAAAAAAAGAAGAACUUAAAUUAACAAAAACUUAACAACAAAAAAUGAGUGAAAACAUCAUUGAUAAACACACGAAGUAGGUGUCAAAAAUCUUGAAGGUUGUCAAAAAACAAAAACAAUUAAACAAUAUUUUUUAAAUAAUAAAAACAGGAAAGAAAAACAAACAAACAAAAGCAUGAUGUAUAAAAAAGCAACUAAAUAAUAACGAAAAUUUAAAGUAAUUUCCAAAUAAUACUUAAAAGACAUACAUUUAUCAUUUUUUAUACUUCUUGAAAUUUUCUAUUAUUUAAAAAUUUGAUUUAUUUUAAAAAUUUCAACGAACAUAUAAAAAACAAAAACUUCCUGCACAUUUUUAAAACACAAUGUGAGGUUAAAUUUGAUUUAAACUAAAGAUAAAUAAACAUAUAUUUGAAUAAAAUUCGAAUAGAGGUCUAUAAACUGACACUUGUUUCGUGCGCUUCCUUUAAACAUAAUAAUAAAAAUUAAAAAAAUACAAUAGAUUUAUUAAGAUAAACAGAAACACACGAAGAAACCAACUCAAAAAAAAAGAAAAAACAAAUAAAAAUAAAAA